UAACCUAACGUAAACAUAAUUAAUUUGGAUUAACAUUGGACAGCACAGUAAAAUUAUAGCGUUAUAUAUAAAACGUUAAGGAUGAGACUGUUAAAUUGUUUACGAGACAAUCUGCAUUGGCCGAAACGCGUGCUCGGCAUCUCGAAACUAUCCGCUUUCGAGUUUCUUAAAAUCACGCAUUCCGACUUAUCGCAUAAUCAGCUAUUAAAUCAGUUGAGAAAACAAAGUAUAGACCCUGACGAGAUCCUCGCGAAGCAUCAUCGGCAGCUCACUUGCGAGAAAGAACUUGCGGGCAUUCUACAUAAUCUCAACGUCAAUUAUCGGAUUAUGAAAAGAAUAGAUGACGCGAAAUGCGUAGAUUGGGCCGACCUGGUGAUUACAAUCGGCGGAGACGGCACCUUUCUCUUGGCCUCGAAACUGAUAACGAAUAAUAAAACGCCGAUAUUCGGCAUUAAUCCACAUCCCGGAACUAGUACCUUCACACUGCCGAUUGAGUACAGCACGGACAUCGAAAGGAUAUUUGAGAAACUGCAUGCGGAAGAUUACACCGUCUUGAUGAGAAGUCGUAUACGUACAGUAAUGACAGGAGAAGGAUUAUAUCAACAGCCCUUUCACGUUCAUGAAAAGAGUCGCAUGCAAAACGAAAAAAGAGUCGACGCACUCAUGAGAUCCACUCAGAGGAAAAUAGCAGAUGCCCUGCAGCCCCGUCAGAGAAUUUUACCUUGGCUGGCAUUAAACGAGGUGUUCAUGGCCGAAUUUUUGGCAUCGAGGCCGAUCGUGUUGACGAUUCAGGCAGAUGAAGAGAAGAGGUUCAUGAUCCGUUCCUCGGGUAUCUGUGUCUGCACGGGCUCAGGCUCUCGGUCCUGGUUCAGGACGAUGAAUUUGCAGACCGCCGAAACCGUUCAAACGCUUGUGGCCAUGGCAACUGGCAGGCAACUUGACGAGAAAGAAACCCGCGAAGUGUUGCACAAGUAUCACAGUAAUCUUCUGUUUCCACCAGACAAUUUAAAAAUGGCAUAUAUGAUAUACGAAAUGUCUCGAAGUUCACUCUGGCCAAAGAUUAUUUCGGACAAGCGAAUGUGUUGCAAAAUCAAAGUCAAGUCGACGGGUUUUGAUGCCGGCCUUGUUUUAGAUGGCAGCGUGUCUUUACCUUUCAAUGAUGGCAGCACCGCGUCCUUCGAGAUUCGACCCGAAUAUUCAUUGAAAAAUAUUAUUUUGCAAUAA